UCGAACUUCAGUUGAACGAAUCGGUGCAGCUCUAUUGUGAAAUCGUCUCUCGUUGAAAGCAGUUGUGCUCUUUGUAAAUUCUAACAAAAAUAAAUAAAUUGUGUCUUUUCGUCACGAAUUUGUCCGAGAUUUAAAGUAAGAUGGCUCGUACCAAGCAGACCGCUCGUAAAUCCACCGGAGGAAAGGCUCCACGUAAACAGCUGGCCACCAAGGCUGCUCGUAAAUCGGCACCAUCUACCGGUGGCGUAAAGAAGCCCCAUCGCUAUCGUCCCGGUACCGUUGCUCUGCGUGAGAUCCGUCGUUACCAGAAGUCGACCGAGUUGCUCAUCCGCAAGUUGCCCUUCCAGCGUUUGGUGCGUGAAAUUGCCCAAGAUUUCAAGACCGAUCUGCGUUUCCAGUCGGCUGCCAUUGGUGCUCUUCAGGAAGCAUCGGAGGCCUAUUUGGUUGGUUUGUUUGAGGACACCAACUUGUGCGCCAUUCACGCCAAGCGUGUGACCAUUAUGCCCAAGGAUAUUCAGUUGGCGCGUCGCAUUCGUGGCGAGCGUGCUUAAGAAGCGUGGCAAGAUGCUGAUCAUACCAACAACAACAACAUAAACAUAAACAAAAACAAAAACAACACAACAAACAAGUACACACAAAAAUCACAUUCACAUUAUAUCAUGCAUAGAAAUUUGAUUUAUGAAUCGAAACAAA